AUGGCGGAGACGAGUGCGGUGGCGGAGCAGAAGAGGAUGAAGGUGUUGGUGCCGGUGGAUGAGAGUGAGGGGAGUUUGUAUGCGCUGAGGUGGGCGGUCGACCACCUCUUUGAUAACUACCCGGCGGGUUUGGAACCGCCGGAGCAGGAGCAAGCCGCCGUGACGUUAGUCAACGUGCAGCCGAUUUUCCAGCCCUUCAUCUAUCCAGCUGGCCCUGUUGUGUACGCAACUCCAGCAGUGAUUGAUUCUGUGAAGAAAGCGCAAGAGCAAAAUGCUGCCACUAUAAUCGCUCGAGCCUUGCGCAUCUGCACAGAGAAGAAGAUAAAGGCUGAGACUUUGAUUCUUCAAGGAGACGCCAAGGAUAAAAUAUGUGAAGCAGCAGAGGAACUGCAUGUUGAUCUGGUAGUCAUCGGUAGUCGUGGGCUUGGCACCAUUAAAAGGGCAUUGCUGGGAAGCGUUAGCAACUACUGCGUCCACCACGUCCACUGCCCGGUCCUCGUUGUCAAGCCUCCUACCAAACUACCCCAUGACUGAAAAUGGAUCCAUCACUAAUAUUUUCCAUUUUCAGCCUAUAUUUGUGUUUCUGUAAUUAAUAAGACUCAUCUUUUCUUGUAUUUAUAUACUCCAUGUUGUACUUA